AUGCCUCCCUCGCACUCGGGGAGGUCCUGGGCGCGCGUCCUCGUCCUGACGCUCGUCGCGCUGGCCCUCUGCGGCGCGGCGAGCGCCUCCGUCGGCGAUCGGUCUGCCGAGUUCAGGAAAUGCCUCGAGGUCUGCAGAGCCGAAAACUGUGCCCCUGGCAAGGAACAGACCCCCAUCCCCCUCCGCCGCCGCCUGCUCCUCUGGAACUGCGCGUCCGAAUGCGACUACACCUGCCAGCACAUCGUGACCGCCGCGCGCGUGGCCGACGCCCGCCCCAUUGUCCAGUUCCACGGAAAGUGGCCCUUCUACCGCUUCCUCGGCAUGCAGGAGCCCUUCUCCGUCCUCUUCUCCCUCGGAAACCUCUGGGCGCAUUGGGACGGCCUGCGCAAGGUCCGCGCCUCCGUCCCCGCCAGCUACCCGCUCCGCCCCUGGUACGAGUGGCUCGCGCGCAUCGGCAUCACCAGCUGGGUCUUCAGCGCCCUCUUCCACACCCGCGACUUCCCCCUCACCGAGCAGCUCGACUACUUCGCUGCCGGCGCCAGCGUCCUCUACGGCAUGUACUACUCCCCCAUCCGCAUCUUCCGCCUCGACCGCCCCAGCCCCCGCCGCCGCUCCCUCCUGCGCCUCUGGUCCCUCCUCUGCGCCCUCCUCUACCUCGCCCACGUCGCCUACCUCAAGGGCGUCCGCUGGGACUACACCUACAACAUGGCCGCAAACGUCGCCGCCGGCAUCGUCCAGAACAUCCUCUGGAGCUGGUUCAGCUACGACCGCUACCGCAAGUCGCGCCGCUCGUGGGCCACCUGGCCCGGCCUCGUCGUCGCCUGGGUCACAUUUGCCAUGAGCAUGGAGCUCUUCGACUUCCCCCCCUGGCUCGGCUGCAUCGACGCCCACAGCCUGUGGCACCUCUUGACCAUCGGUCCCACCAUUCUGUGGUACAACUUCCUCGUUAAGGACUCCCGAGCAGACCUCGCCGGAACGGAGCGGCUAAAGGCAUAG